AAAAUCGAACUAAUAAUAAAAUGAAAAGUCUUCUGUUACCAAGUGUCCUCUAUUACCUCUAUUAUCAAGUGAAUAUACAUCUAAAAGAUGAUACACGAUUUUAUAUUGAUAAGCGUAAAUAGUUGUACAAAGCUCACCCCAUGCUUCACAAGAUAUUGACAACUUCUUUUGAAAGACAAAUCUAUGUGUCAUGUAAAUGAGCAUUCGAAUUAGACCUGUGAAAGAUAAAUAUAUAUGAUAGUUUAUUGCCGUGAAAAUGUUCAAACCAGUGUUACACAUUAUUCAACUUGAAAUCAUUCCUUACUUACUUGUGCAGCUGCUUAUUAGUAGAUACGAAAUCCAAGUAAUCCAUUGUACACAAAUGAGAAUUAACGUGAACAUUUGAACCAUUGGUGGCGAAGAAACAGAUAUGAUCGAAUGCCGGUAUACCUCGUUGAUUACUUGUCAAAACUCUAUACCCAUUAUUAUGCUGCAUUUGUAAGUAACAUAUAUUUAUAUACAGACAGUAAGAACUGAAGCUUUUCUUUCAGGAAAGAUCAGAAUUCCGUAUUCAACCAGUAGAGAACAGAAUUCUGUAUUCAACCAAUAGAGAACAGAAUUGCGUAUUGAACGAUUCCCUCCUCCAAGGUGAACUUUUCUGUUGUUAUAAUUUUUAUAUAUAUUUAUCUUUCACAGGUCUAAUUCGAAUGCUCAUUUACAUGACACAUGGAUUUGUCUUUCAAAAGAAGUUGUCAAUGUCUUGUGAAGCAUGGGGUGAGCUUUGUACAGCUAUUUACGCUUAUCAAUAUAAAAUCGUGUAUCAUCUUUUGGAUGUAUAUUCACUUGAUAAUAGAGGUAAUAGAGGACACUUGGUAACAGAAGACUUUUCAUUUUAUUAUUAGUCGCGUUGUAAUCUUCUGUAUCUUUCUUUAUUGGUUAUUCAUUUUCUGUUUGUUCGUCUGUUUAUCGCACCUACAUGUUCUUUUAUUGUAUGAAACCUGCAUUAUGCACAUUUUUGGCUGCAGAGUAAAGAACCACACGUGCUAAUCCACCAUUUUCUUUUGUUUUUAAAUAAUAAAAUGUAUAUUAUUAUUAUUAUCAUCCGAUUUCUUGGCAUCACAUAAUUAUAGGCUAGCUACGUUUGAGCAGCUGAAGAUUGUUAGCCAGAUUUAAAAUUUUGAGUGACGAUAACCAGAAAUUCAAAUCCAGAUUAUAAUUUUAUUGUGGUUCGCGGAAAUUCCUGUUUUGUCCUAAAACGGGG